AUGAGAUCCACAAUCUUCAUUCUCUUAUGGCUGCUAAUCACAGUCCAUGGUGGCUCUCCAUCAAGACACAAGAUUUUGGAAGUUGAGAGAAAAUUAAAGCAUCUUAGAAGACAUUCCUUAAAAACUAUCAAGAGCGAAGAUGGAGAUAUAAUUAAUUGCAUUGACAUUAAUAAGCAACCAGCAUUUGACAACCCUGCACUGAAGGAUCAUAAAAUCCAGAUGGCUCCUACUCAUAAUUCAGCUAAGAAGGACUUAACAGUGGGGUCAAGAACUUCUAGAUAUGGAAAAAAGAUGAAUGAAUCUUUGAUUGUGACUUCACAAGUGUGGCAGAAAAGUGGAAAAUGUGCAGAGGGAACAAUACCUGUUAGAAGAAUAAGAAAAAGAGAGCUAUUGAAGGCUGAUUCAGUUGAAGAGUAUGGAAGGAAGAAGCCAAGUUUCUCUCAUCACGAACAUGGUGAAGUGAAUAAGAAUCUUGAUUCAUUUGUUCAACUUAAAAACCACUCUAAGGCAAUAUUGUUCACAGUUGGUUACCGUUACCUGGGAGGAAAAGCAGACUUAAGAGUUUGCAACCCUUUUGUUGAGAAGGAUGAUGAAUACAGCACUACUCAAGUGGCUCUCUUAACAGGCCCACACAAUGACUUUGAGUGUGUUCAAUCUGGAUGGGCAGUGAAUCCCAGUGUAUAUGGAGAUAGACAAACUCGGUUAUUUGUAUAUUGGACGGCUGAUGGUUCAAAGGAAACUGGUUGCUUUGAUCUAACUUGUCCUGGCUUUAUUCAGACCAACAACGAAAUUGCCUUGGGUGCUGCUAUAUAUCCAAUCUCAAUUCCUGGUGGCCUUCCAUACGUAAUAACUAUUUACAUCUUUAAGGAUCCCUGUACGAACAAUUGGUGGAUGCAAUAUGGUGAGAAGACCAACAUAGGUUAUUGGCCACCUGAGUUGUUUGAAACAAUACUUUACAAUGCACAAUCUGUGGAAUGGGGUGGUGAAGUUUACAGUGCAAGGGUUGCACAAACUCCUCACACAGCAACACAAAUGGGCAAUGGCCAAUUUGCUUCAGUUCUGGAUUAUUCAUCUGCAAUAACAAGAAUGAGAAUUCAUGACAACUCUGAGGCCUUGAAAAUCCCAGAAUGGACCUAUGAUUUUUCUGAUGAAUAUAAUUGCUAUGAUGUUUGGUACAUGUCAGAAUACAUUUAUGAUCCUCAAUUCUACUAUGGAGGUCCGGGUAGAAAUCCAAAAUGCCCUUAA